AGGUUAAUAGUCAUAUAGAUGAUAUGAUAGAACUGUUGGAAGAUGACACAGACAUUAAACACAGACAAGAAUCCAAAGCUGCGGUCAAAAAACUGCAAGAGCUAAAGCAGGAAUAUUUCAUUAUAUCAACUACAGACGAGGCUGAAAUCCGCCGCGUUGCCAUGGCUGCAAUCAAAGAAAAGGAAAAAGAGUUUGAACAGUCGAUAGUAGAUGCAGGAAAUAAAAUUAGGACUACAGCUGACGAAGGAAAACACGAUAUUGAGGGGAAAGGUUUAGUCAUUAAAUCUGAACUUGAGCAGACAGGACAGACAAUAACAAAAGAAUUAGUGAUGAAAGAAGCAGAAUUUGAGCAGACGGGACAGAAAAUAAAAAAUGAUUUGGAGAUGAAAGAAGCAGAAUUUGAGCAGACAGGACAGAAAAUAAGAAAUGAUUUGGUUAUGAAGGAAGCCGAACUCAAACAGACAGGUCAGAAAGUAAUAAAAGAAUUGGUGAUGAAAGAAGCAGAUCUCGAGCAGACAAGACAGAAAAUAAAACAGGAAUUGGUGAUAAAAGAAGCAGAACUCCAGCAGACAGGACAGCAAAUUAAAAAGGAAUUGUUGAAUACAGAAAAUGAGUCAAAAACGAAAAUUGAACAGAAAGGAAUUGAGAUCGAAAAGCAGCUGACAAGAAAAGAGGAUGAAGACGUGUAUUUUCGUUGA